AUGGGAAAGCCUAUAAGCGACUUGGUAACUCAGUUACAUCAAGUUGCGGAAAAUAUCCAACAUUUUACUGGCUCUAGAACGGACUUGACGGACUUAAACACCGUAUUGGUGAUUGUUAAGGCGGCAGCAAACCAGUUUCUCCCGUUAUCGAUAACAAUCGAGGAAUUACGUUUACAGCAGAACGAACCCCAACAGACCAAACGACUUAGUGGUUUUUGCGACUUUCUGCUUCGAGAAGAAAAAACCAAAAGCGAGACCGAGAAGCAGCAUCUCAAAAAUAUUGAGACACGAUGCAUACUCAGAGAGUGCGAAUUCUAUACAGCCUUAUUCAUUGGCACAAGCUUCACAGUUGAAACUCUCAAGCUUUUCGACAUUAAUGCUCUCCGAUACAUAUGCACACUUGCUGCAAAGUACAUACAGACCUACUCCCUCAAGCCUUAUUUUCUCCGGGUGGGAUUGCUCAAAGUCACUCACAAAUUGGUAAGAAAGGUCCCUGAAUGGGAGUCCGACCUAGCGCAAUUCAUACAUGAUGCUUUCAAAAAGCUUUACGGAACCUCCAAAAAUAAAGACUCGGCCAACGAUGACAACCCACCAAACAGCAACACUCCGUCAAACGACAACAGUCCACCAAACGGCAACACUCCGCCAAACGAUGACCUCCCAGCAAGCAAGCGCAGUAGGGAGGAUGGAGCCAUUGACCCAACACCCGGGCCUUUGCAGAAGAGGGCGAGAACAGACACCGAGGCUCAUGUCGAAGUGCUAAGCGUUGAAAACACAGAGGGAUGUCACCAAGAGCAUCAAACCCCACAAGUCGGGUCUUUCGCUGUAUCUUCCAAUGCCACCCAAGGUCGAUAUUGCGGUACAGUUAUUCCCAAACCGCAGGUGGUGCGUCUUAUGGAUUGUGGCGAAGGAAUACAUGCAUUGCGGACAUUGCGAUAUCAGAUUCGCGAUCGAGCAACAUUAGCGAAAGCUAAAGGGUAUUGGUGCUUAUCAUUCUAUCCAGACCGGGAAACGAAAGACACGGUUAUGAAAUUGACCAAGGAUAACUCGCAAAGUAUGUUUAGCCACCCAAAAUCACUCUACGUAUCUGACUGA